AUUCGAAGUGGCUCCCACAAAAGCAGCUGCAGAGCCCCAGACAUUCAGAAGCCAACAGUGAAGGGGUCAAAAGCUGUCCUUCAAUGUUCACUGACACUUUGCGAGCCUUGGGGCAAGUUGGCAAUGCCAAAACGUGUUUUUAGGGCCUAUUGGCCAAUGUACAAGUCUUGGGCAGGAUUGCAGGCUCUGCAGAUGGUACCAAAGUAAAAGAGGAGAUGGUAACUGAAUAAUCUGUCAUCAUCCCUUAAGUGCAAAGUGAAAUGAGAGUGGAUUUUUCCUUCCAAAUCCACUUGGAGUGAGUCCCAAAAGACUCACUUUUGCGGCAAUCCCCACAAUGACGUCAUUGGAGAGGAGGUUAUAUAAUUUAAAGCGACCACAUUUCCACAGAGCUUCCCAGAAGAGAAAACACCUCCAAAGGCAGCUCUCACUAUCAGAAAACCCAGCUAAAGUUGUGAACGCCUUCAUUUUCUGCCUGAGGUCUCAGUCUGUCGGCCCAGGCUAAAGUGCGGUGGCACAAUCAUGGCUCGCUGCAGCCUCGACCUUCCAGGCUCAAACGAUCCUCCCACCUCAGCCUCUUGAGUUGCUGGGACCACAGGUCACUGUGCAUGGCAUCCUGGCCCCCUCUAGAGCUCCAGUCCUCCAACCAGAGCCAGCUGUUCCCUCAAAAUGCUACAGCCUGUGACAAUGCUCUGGAAGCCUGGGACCUGCUGCACAGAGUGCUGCCGACAUUUAUCAUCUCCAUCUGUUCCUUCGGCCUCCUAGGGAACCUUUUCGUCCUGUUGGUCUUCCUCCUGCCCAGGCGGCGACUAAACGUGGCAGAAAUCUACCUGGCCAACCUGGCGGCCUCUGAUCUGGUGUUUGUCUUGGGCUUGCCUUUCUGGGCAGAGAACAUUUGGAACCAGUUUAACUGGCCUUUCGGAGCCCUCCUCUGCCGUGUCACCAACGGCGUCAUCAAGGCCAAUUUGUUCAUCAGCAUCUUCCUGGUGGUGGCCAUCAGCCAGGACCGCUACUGCAUGCUGGUGCACCCUAUGGCCAGCCGGAGGCGGCAGCGGCGGAGGCAGGCCCGGGUCACCUGCGUGCUCAUCUGGGUUGUGGGGGGCCUCUUGAGCAUCCCCACAUUCCUGCUGCGAUCCAUCCAAGCCGUCCCAGAUCUGAACAUCACCGCCUGCAUCCUGCUCCUCCCGCAUGAGGCCUGGCACUUUGCGAGGAUUGUGGAGUUAAAUAUUCUGGCUUUCCUCCUACCACUGGCUGCGAUCGUCUUCUUCAACUACCACAUCUUGGCCUCCCUGCGAGGGCGGGAGGAGGUCAGCAGGACAAGGUGCGGGGGCCGCAAGGAUAGCAAGACCACAGCGCUGAUCGUCACGCUCGUGGUGGCCUUCCUGGUCUGCUGGGCCCCUUACCACUUCUUUGCCUUCCUGGAAUUCUUAUUCCAGCUGCAAGCAGUCCGAGGCUGCUUUUGGGAGGACUUCAUUGACCUGGGCCUGCAAUUGGCCAACUUUUUGGCCUUCACCAACAGCUCCCUGAACCCAGUCAUUUAUGUCUUUGCGGGCCGGCUCUUCAGGACCAAGGUCUGGGAACUUUAUAAACAAUGCACCCCUAAAAGUCUUGCUCCAAUAUCUUCAUCCCACAGGAAAGAAAUCUUCCAACUUUUCUGGCGGAAUUAAAACAGCAUUGAACCAAGAA